AUGGCCACACCUGACGCAUUCCUGCCUCCUGGAUUCGACACACCGCAACAAUACAUUGAGGCCUUGAUCUCUUUCAUUGACCAAUAUCGUUGGCUCUACGAAGUGCAUGUAGUCGACAUUUUCCCUUACCAGCAAUGGGAACUUUUGGAUCCCUCUUGGCGAGAGGCACUUCUUGCCGACAGCGACAAUGACGCAUGGUUCGAAACGAUAAUCGCUCUACCAUCGUUCGAUCGUAAGGUGAAUCCUGAGUGGCCUGAAUCUCUCAAAGAAUUUAUACAUACGACUCAAUCAAUAGCAUUACCAAGGUUCACCUCUACAAAGCCAACAAAUGACACUAAAUGCGACAAAAACCUCUUGUUUGGAAUGACCAACAAAAAGAUCCAUGAGGUUGAGCUGAUGAGUUCACUGAUUCAUCGAGUUGCCAAGGAACGUGGGAUCAAUCAUGCUCUUGAUAUGGGAUCUGGCCAAGGCUAUCUUUCCCGUGCACUCGCCUUUCAGCAUGAUAUGGAAGUUCUUGCAGUGGACAAAUCCGAAGUUCAAACGCGUGGAGCCGAGAAAUUUGAUCGUCGUACGAUGCGUGCUGAAAGGACCACCGAGACCAAGCUGCAACAUGUCACUGAAAUGAUCACGCCUGAAAAUAUAUCCGAUGUAUUAUCUCGAUGGGGUCGAUGUGAUGAGGACAAGCCAUGGCUUAUAUGCGGAUUACACACAUGUGGUGAUCUAUCUCCCAUGAUUAUGCGCCUAUUUGAAGAGAGCAAACAAGUGACGUGCCUGGUCAAUGUCGGAUGCUGCUAUCAUUAUCUCUCUGAAGGCUUCCCAAUGAGUCGGCUUUUACGAGAACGAGAGUAUGAGUUAGGCACCACAGCUCGCGUUUUAGCAUGCCAUUCACCUUGGCAGUGGAAGGGUCAAGUAGGCGCAAGUAAAAAGUCAUUUGAACAACAUUUCUUUCGAGCCUUGCUUCAGCAAAUCAUGGUCGACAAAGGAUUGGCAUCUCGAUCUGAUCCGCCCGCACUGAGGAAACGGAUCACCAAAAAAUGCGACUUUGCAACCUAUGUCAAGAUAGCUCUCAAGACCCUUGAUAUGGACCCUGACGCGAUCACUCAAGAAGAAAUCGAUUCCUACUACAACGACUAUAAGUAUAAACGAGCAGCUGACAAGCAGAUCAUUGCAUUAUGGACGAUCCGAUCAUUACUGGCACCUGUACUCGAGAGCUUAAUUCUUAUGGAUCGUUGGUUAUACCUGAAGCAGGCUGUUGGAGAAGAUCGUAAUGAUGAGCAUUCGGGAGUAUGGAUGUGGCCAUUAUUUGACCCAACUGAAUCCCCAAGAAAUGUAGUAUUUGUAGCAUCCAAAUAA